AGUACAUAUGUAGCCGUCGGAGGGACAGGACGCGCAUGUUGAUUAAAAAUGCAUUAAAUAUAUCGCGCCGCAUAAAAAAUAAAUAUAGUGACUGAAAAAGUGAUAGAAUUAUGUGAUAUAACUUAAAUAUUUUUUUUAUCAUACACUGUGAUAUUGUAUCGAACUAUUAUUUUUAUAGCUAUUAAAAAUUUAUAAAAUGGCAGACGAAAAGAAUGACUCUACACCAUUUUUACAAAAUGGGACUUCACCCAUCAUUACCAAGACUCCUUUACCAGGAAAAACUGUUAAACCUGGUAAAGAGGGUAGAGGAAAGGCAUUUAAGCAGAUAAUGGCGUCAUUCGUCGCCAAUUUGGGAACCAUCAAUACAGGCAUGGCAUUUGGAUUUUCGGCAACAGCGUUGCCACAAUUAAAAGCGGCCGAUUCAAGCAUUCAGAUUACGGAAAAUGAAGCAAGUUGGAUUGCUAGUUUAAGUUCAGUCGGGACGCCCAUCGGGUGCAUCAUCAGUGGCUACCUCAUGGACGCAAUCGGCCGCAGACGCACACUUAUCAUCACGGAAGUGCCACUUAUUAUGGGCUGGAUCCUAAUAGCUUGUGCACAGAAUGUCCCCAUGAUUUAUUUAGGCAGGUUACUCGUAGGUUUUGGAUCUGGUAUGGUGGGCGCUCCAGCGAGAGUGUAUACCUGUGAAGUUUCCCAACCGCAUUUGAGAGGGAUGCUUGGAGCCAUGGCCUCUGUAGGAGUUUCUACUGGAGUUUUGAUACAAUACGUGAUAGGCAGUGUAACGUCCUGGAACAUAUUAGCGGGAGUGAGUGCAAUAAUACCUAUUGUAUCUCUCUUGGGAAUGACACUGCUGCCAGAAACGCCCAACUAUCUCUUAACUCAAGACAAGCCGGAUAAAGCUGAAACGUCGCUCGCGAAACUAAGAGGCUCGACUUGCAACCUUCAGGAUGAAAUUCAGAAGAUGAAAUCCUUUAAAGAGAAGAAUCACGUUGAACCAUUAAAAACGCCAAAGGAAAUAUUGAAAGCGUUACUAUCUCCGUCCACACUCAAGCCUUUUGGAAUCCUUGCGCUGUAUUUCUUCAUCUACCAAUGGUGUGGUGUCAACACUAUCACGUUUUACGCCGUUGAAGUUUUCGAGACAUCCGGUGCAACCUUAGACAAAUAUUGGUUGACGAUCUCGAUGGGAAUCCUCCGCGUCAUAUUCACCGUAGUCGGCUGUAUCCUCUGCAGGCGAUGUGGGCGACGACCGCUCACAUUUGUUUCUGCUCUCGGCUGUGGCAGUACAAUGAUAACGCUCUCAGUAUACCUCUAUUACAUUCAAUACUGGAAGGAUAAUCACCUUCCAACACAAAACUCGUGGAUCCCAGUCGCCAGCAUCUACUGUUUCACUAUAUUCUGCACCCUGGGCUACCUCAUCGUGCCCUGGAUAAUGAUCGGUGAAGUCUAUCCUACUCAGGUUCGAGGCAUCGUGGGAGGAAUGACGACGUGCGCCGCGCACUUGUCGAUAUUCUCCGUCGUCAAAACCUUCCCCUAUCUAAAGCAUUCGCUUAAUGAUUACGGCGCCUUCGGCUUGUAUGGUGCUAUAUCUAUUGCCGGAAUGGCAUUCUUCUACGUCUUCUUGCCGGAAACUAAAGGAAGAACGUUACAAGAAAUAGAAGAUUACUUCUGUGGAAGAACGAAAACUCUGAAAAAAGCGAGUAUAACUGAAACAGCUUGAACAAAAAAAUAUCAAUAUAAGGAUAUUCUCAACUUUAACAAGCUCUUUACAAAUGGAACGCAAUAUUUGAAAUUAUGUAAAAAUAAAUAGUUUGAAUAUUGUAAAUCAUUGUGUAUUUAUAGAUUCUGAAGAAUCAAAACUUAUAUAGUUGAAGGUUUACAUGAAAACUAUUUUUUAAAGAUAAACUGGAAAUAUUUAUAGUAAAGUACAAAGCGAACUUAUUUUUUAUAAAAAG